CCCUCUGCAAUUCCAUUCACCUUUACCAUCGAUUCUCCUCAUCUACCCUAACCCAUUCUCCAUUUCUUCCCCAUCAUCUACCUCAUUUUUUUUUUGUUUUCUUCCAUCUACUCCCCGAAACGAAAGGUCAUGGAUGAAGACGAAACUGAUUUUUCUCCGUCUACUCCUCCACGAGUUACAACCUUCUCUUUGGUGGAUCCGAUUACUCCCCUGCGAGAUACUAUCUCCUGUUUGGUGGUUCCAGAUACUCCGCCACAUGUUCUUCUGGAAAGAGAGAAAGAGUUUGACGAUCAUAACUUCUUGCCAUCUAAUUUUGUGGUGAAGAAGGUAUCACGGAAGUUAGCAAUGAAGAAGGACAGAGUAUACAAUCCAACAUUCGGAUUCCAGACACCUGUCUUCAUGGAUAUUUUACGAAUCUGGUUUCCAAUUUGUUUUGGAGAGAAGGGAUAUGGUGAAAGAGAGAAAAAGGAUGAAAAGAUUUCUGUGUCUGGAUCUAAAUCAUCAUCCCCAAAUGCUCCUUCGGCUUCUAGUUGAAGAAGCUCUGCUAUGGAAAUUUCCUCCUCCAUUAUGGAUGUGCAGCAGUGAUUUUGUUUUUUGUGUGCAGACUGCU